UUUUUGAAUAAAAAAAUGAAUCAACAAGAAGAUGAUUGUUUAAAUAAUUCUUCAUGUAAUAAUAAUGCAGUAAAUAAUGAAUUAGGAAGACAAGAAUGGGACAACUUUGGAGAAAUUCCAGAACUCCCAACAGGGCAAACACUUCGUUUUGAAUUAUUAUCACCUUGGGAUGACCCAACUUAUAUAGGUUUGGGGCGUAUUGAAAUAUUCAAUUCUCAAGGAGAACGCCCCUCAAUAAUUAAUACAUUCACAAAUUCUUUGGAAAAUUAUGGAAAUUUAUUUAAUUUAUUUGGAGAGGAAAGACAACAACAAAGACCUUCUACUAGCCCUUUAAUUAAUAAAACAAGUAAAAAUAUUAACAGAAAUGAAGUUGUAAAUAAUAGUGAAUAUUUGUUGAAUAGAAAUAAUAAUACACAAUGGUAA